UUUUUGCAGCCGAAGCAAAUUAAUGAGAUCAAAGACUUCCUUCUCACUGCGAGGAGGAAGGAUGCACGCUCUGUGAAAAUCAAGAGGAGCAAAGAUGUGGUCAAGUUCAAAGUCCGUUGCUCCAAGUACCUAUACACUCUCUGUGUGUUCGACGUUGAAAAGGCUGAUAAGUUGAAGCAAUCACUUCCUCCUGGUUUGAACGUUCAGGACUUGUGAUUUUGACUGGUAAUAGAUGAAAGAUCAAGUUUUGCUUUGGAGUUCGUGUGUAGCUUAGAGGUUGUUGUUAUUUUGGUUGCUUAUGAUUUAUAUUAUGUUUAUGAGGGAUACUAUUUGGAUAUGAGAUUAUGAAUUAUGCUGCUAGUUGAUUAAACCUCUUGAGUUUUACAAUUAAGCAUUUUCAGCCGUCACUUUAUUCUGGUUUUGAGCCUAAUUA